AUGACUAAUUCAAGUCAAGUAAAUGCUGGAACAGUAAGUGCUACAACAACAUCGGUUGCACACAAUCGUUCAAAUGCUGCCCUAGCACCGGCUGAGAAACCUGCAAAGUUUUCUGGAGUCGACUUCAAGAGAUGGCAGCAAAAGAUGUUCUUUUUUCUGACUACGUUGAGUGUCCAGAGGUUCAUUAAUGAGAACGAUGAUCUAUACAUAGUGUACAGUAAUGUGAAAUCCUCAAAAGAACUCUGGGAUGCUUUAGAAAAGAAGUACAAAACAGAGGAUGCCAGAAUGAAGAAGUUUAUUGUUGCAAAGUUUCUGGACUAUAAGAUGAUAGACAGUAAGACCGUCGUCACCCAAGUUCAAGAAUUGCAGGUCAUAAUCCAUGAUCUCCUUGCUGAAGGAUUGGUUGUGAAUGAUGUGUUUCAAGUGGCUGCAAUUAUUGAGAAGUUACCUCCAUUGUGGAAGGACUUCAAAAACUACUUGAAACAUAAACGCAAGGAGAUGACUGUUGAAGAUCUCAUGGUAAGGCUGAGAAUCGAAGAGGAUAACAAGGCCACAUAA